CUUGUGAGGCUACUUCCAGGAAUACGUGAGUUAGUUUCUUUUGCUUGGACUCUUCUGGACAAGUUCUAAUCACUCACCAAACAGACAAAAUGGCUGCUAUUCCAAGACCAGAAUCUCAAAUCAAGAAGGCUAAGAGAGUCGAAAGAGACUCCAAGGCAGUUGCUGCUGCCAAGAAGGCUAGAAAGACUGUCUCCAAGGAAAAGAGAGCUGCUCUUUACAAGAGAACCGAAGCUUACGUCCAAGAGUACGCUGCUGCUGAAAGAGCCGUCAUUGACGCCAAGAGAGCUGCUAAGGCUGAUGGUUCCUACUUCGUUGAAGGCGAAUCCAAGAUUGUCUUCGUUGUCAGAAUCAAGGGUAUCAUGAAGAUCCCACCAAAGUCCAGAAAGGUCUUCCAAUUGUUGAGAUUGACUCAAAUCAACUCCGGUGUUUUCGUCAAGGUCACCAAGGCUACCACCGAAUUGUUGAAGUUGGUUGAACAAUACUGUGCUAUUGGUUACCCAUCCUUGUCCACCAUCAGACAAUUGGUCUACAAGAGAGGUUACGGUAAGGUCAACAAGCAAAGAAUUCCAUUGACCGACAACGCCGUUGUUGAAUCCGUCUUGGGUCAAUACGGUAUCGAGUCUGUCGAGGACUUGAUCCACGAAAUCUACACUGUUGGUCCAAACUUCAAGCAAGCUAGUAACUUCUUGUGGCCAUUCAAGUUGUCCAACCCAAGCGGUGGUUGGGGUGUCAGAAGAAAGUUCCAACACUUCAUCCAAGGUGGUUCUACUGGUAACAGAGAAGAAUACAUCAACCAAUUGGUCAAGAAGAUGAUUUAAGUGUAAGAACCAGCCAAAUUAAAUUUUGUAUGUUUCACUAAAUAGAACUAAUAUCCUUCUUUCCACUUUGUUUUCUUUUCUCCUCCCUUUUUUUCCACAUCACUCCUUUCAUCCACCAGAAGAAAGGAUAAUAUUUUCUAAUGCUUUCCGGUUAUAAUACAAAACUUAUUUAAACUCAACGUCCCUAAAACAUUAGAAAAAUGCAGU